AUGGAGUACAGAGAUUACAUCCCGCUGCAGGUGCACAGGGCCCUGGAGUCCCCUGGGAAGCGGGCAAUUCCCAAUCCGAACCCGGCCCCUGAGGAGCAGUUGGGGGUGGUGUCUGUCCAGAAAGGAAGCUGGGACAUCCCUGUAUCCUCUUCCCUGGACUCCGUGACGUCAGGCUGGGGGGUCCCGCUGGCCAUCACGGUGGCAGCUGUCGCUCUGAAGAAGAUCGGCUAUGACGCCUCGGACGUGUCGGUCGGCUGGUGCUGGAUCGACCUGGAGGCGGAAGACCGCGUCCUGUGGAUGCUGCUGACGGGCAAGCUGUGGGAGAUGCUGGCCUACGUCACGCUGCCCGUGCUCUACUUCCUCAUCCGGAAGCACAUAAACCGGGCGCACGAGGCGCUCUCGGAGUACCGGCCCAUCGUCUCCGAGGAGCACCGGCUUGGGCGCCACGCCUCCGCGGCCGAUAAGAAGCUCGUUCUCAUCCCGCUCAUCUUCAUUUGCCUGCGGGUGUGGAGCACCGUGCGAUUCGUCCUGACCCUCUGCGGCUCCCCGGCGGUGCGCUGGCCGGUGCUGGUCGUUCUGCACGGCAUCGGGAACACAUUUCAGGGCGGUGCCAACUGCAUCAUGUUCGUGCUCUGCACGCGCGCCGUCCGAGCCCGCCUCUUCUCCGGCUGCCGCCGCCGCUGCCCUUCCCAGCCUCCGGCGCAGAGCCCGGCUGGCCCUCCCAAGACUCCUGCGUCCUCCGAGACCCGAGAAUCUCAGGGAUCCAGACACACCCCGGAUGCACCUCCCGUCACCUGAGCUGCUCCCUGUCCGGCUCCGUGCACAGGUGCUGUCCACCUGGGGAUCGGUGGUUCCGGAAGUCCCUGCCGCAGGGCACGGGGGUGGGUGUCUGCUCGGCUGUCCCCUUCUGCUUUUGAGGCUCUUGACGCCCACCCGUUGGGGGAGCAGCCAGCAAACUCAGCUUCUUCUACCUCCUAGACCCUCCGGGGGCUUAUCCUCACCCACGCCGUGUCCUAGGGCACUCGCUCAGAGGGUUGCCGGUGAGAUCCAGGGAAACCGGUGGUGCGUGGUCACUGUUAGGUCGCCCGGCGGUCCAGGGGUCAUCAGCCUCAGGACCGCACAGCACUGUUUACAGUUCGGGGGGCCCAUACCUGUGGGGAGAGCACAGCGAGAUGUGGAUACCAUGCACUCAUACUAAAUAAAAUGUCAGGGGGUGCCAGAGGUGCGCCCCCCACUUAGAAAUCAUGAAGCAGAUUUUGGUUUGUCAGGGGGGCGCUGAGAUUUCUAGGAGAGCGUAGCUUUUCACAGAGAGCUUUGUGGGUCAACAAAAGAGCCCUAUAACCAGGUCAGAGGUUCCCCGAGGACCACCCUGAGCCUGACACAACAGCCCCGGGCAGCUGGGCUCCUUGGGACCCCCGAAACCUCUCUGGGGGUUGCUAACCCUUGAUGCAGGUUGUGUUUGGAUUUCAAGCACAGGCCAGAACGCAGACUCCUCCGUCCACCAGUCACUUAAAACACAGGUCCCCUCGUCCAGCACAAGAGCUCGGACAGGGCCAGGAGGAGGCCGCCACAGAGACUCCCCCUGGAUGCCCGCUGCCCCUCGGGUCUGCCCCGGAGAGCCCUGAGAGGGGGAGGGGCCAGCUUAUUCACUUCCUGCUUUAGGUUUUUUUUUGUCGGAAAGGUGACCAGAGAGUUGGCGAAUGAUCCAAAUACAGAUUCCUCCCUGAAGGGGAAGGUUUGGGGAGUUGAUUGGGCGAAGUGACACAUGCAUCAUGGGUGAUGAUUUACACUCAAGAGAAAAAGAUUUAAAAUGAGCAUCUGCAGUCUCAAUAUUCACGGCUCUUCCCAGAACUAUUUCCCUUAUUUUAGAAAACAGUUUUUCUUUUAAGUCACAGAAGCCACUGGCGAUGAUGACCGGUGUCAAGUGUCGCUGCAGGAGGCUUGCAGAGGGAUCUUACAGCUUCACUCCACCCCUGUCCUUCCCUUGGGUUCCCGUCAGAACUCUGCAAAACUGAAGUGAUCUUCUGAGCCUGAAAAAUGGUUCUGGGUUAAAACCAAAGCCUCAUCGUACUGUUGAU